UUGCGCAAGGCAGGGGACAGUCGCCGGCGGUGGAGCGCAGCCCGAGCUCCGGGGAGACGCCGGGCAGGCUGGCGGGCGCAGGUGAGCCGCCUCCGGGAGGAGGAGCGCCUCCAGGUGACAACCGGGAGCCGCCCUCCUGCCUGUCCCACUGCGGAGUCGGCCGCCUUGCGGAACUCAGCAGGAUCCCGCGCAGCGUAUGUGCUCCGGGCGCCCUCCCGCGACCCUCGGCGCCUCCUCUGACGCUGGUGUCCCUCGGGCGCGGUGUAGAGCCGGGCUCCGGGUGUCACCGAAAUCUGGAGACAGCGCCGGAGACGCAGGGCCUGGCGGCCUCGAGGUCAAACAGACAACAGGCCUUGGCUAGGGUCCGAUCUAUCCUCAGCAGAGUCCUGGCAAGCAGCAUUUGUCCCCAGGCUCUCUCAGAGGGCCACCUGCCCAAGCGCGCGUCCAGUCCGCUGGGGGCGCAAUGGUGCGGUGACUUUGGGUACAACAGUUGCUGGACUAUGCUUACACUCUUGUUUGUACUCAGCCAACUGCCCAGACUUACCUUCGGGUUUCCUCAUUGCACAAGAAGUCUGAAGGAUUCCGGACAUGCGGAAGAAGAAGUCUUUACGUCAAAAGAAGAAGCAAACUUUAUUAUGCGCCGCCGCCGUCUGCUGUACAAUAGGUUUGAUUUGGAGCUCUUCACUCCUGGAGACCUAGAAAGAGAAUGUUACGAGGAGCUUUGUAAUUAUGAAGAAGCCAGGGAGAUUUUCCAGGAUGAAGAGAAAACGGUGACAUUUUGGCAGGAUUAUUCAAUUAAGGGACCAACCACAAAAUCAGAUGUUAACAGAGAUAAAAUGGAUGCUAUGGGCCUUCUGACUGGAUUAAUUGCUGCUGGAGUAUUCUUGGUUAUUUUUGGAUUACUUGGUUACUAUCUGUGUAUCACCAAGUGUAACAGGCAAUCAUAUCUGAGCUCUUCAGCUGUCUACACUAGAAAUAGGCACACACCUUCCAUCAUUUUUAGAAGGCCUGAAGAGGCUGUCUUGUCUCCAUCAUCAUCUUCAGAGGACACAGGACUACCUUCCUAUGAACAGGCAGUAGCAUUGACCAGAAAACACAAUGUUUCGCCACCACCACCAUAUCCUGGGCCAGCAAAAGGAUUUAGGGUAUUUAAAAAAUCUAUGUCACUACCAUCUCACUAAGUGCAUCUUGCCAUCUUGCUAUAUGGCAUUCAUGUCAUUUGGGUGAUUUGUUCUCCCCAAAACAAAAACGAUGUGCCUGUCCAGCUUUUGAUGACAAACUGCAAGGAAUAAAGGAGCAAUAUGCACAGAAGGAAACUACCCUAUAAUUCUGCUUGCACCUUAGACCUGAACUUGACCAUCAUUAGCUUGAUAAGAGACUUUUAACUCCAUAUCCUUGCCUAGAAAGUACUAUGUAGACCAGGCUGACCUCAAUCUCACAGGGAUCUGCCUCUGCCCCUCAAGUGCUGGGAUUAAAGGCAUGUGCCACCAUGUCCAGCUUUGCACAAGAGAAUUUUAAUGCCAAGAGAUUUACUAAUGCUUACCUGUUCAAUAUCAUAUUGUGUUUUUCUUUUGAGUAUGAAUUAAAUUUUUACUAGUUAUUAUUUGAUUUGUAAUGUUAUAGAUGACAUUAUACAUUAUGAUAUUUCUGUAAUUUUUUUUAAAGAUUGGAUUUGAACUUGGGCAUGUUGGUUCAUAUCUCUAAUACCAGUAAAUUGGGAGACUGAGGCAGGAGGACUGAUGCAGUUUCAAGGCCAGCUACAGAAUGAGCUCCAGAACGGCUUAGGAAUGAGACGUCCUUUCAAAACAACAAAAACUAAAACCAAACAAACCAAUCUUAGAUUGAGAUGAGGGAAUAGCUCAUGAUCUCCAACACCAAAUUAAAAAAUUUAAAAUAAUGGGCCAGCUCAGUGGGUAAAGUCACCUGCCAAGACUGACUAUGAGUUCAAUCCCUGGGCCCCAUGUGGUAGGAGAAAACAAGCUCCUGAAAGUUGUACUCUGACCUCCACAUUUGUGUGGUGCAUUGUGUAUACCCACCAUCUAAUCUACCCCCACAAAAUAAAUAAAUUCAAUUUUAAAAUUUCUUUAAAGAAACAUUUUUUAAAAAAGGAACAUGCAUGCCAUAUGUUGAUGCCUUCAGUCGUCUGAACUGUGUUUCUUCCAUGUUUUCUUGUUUAAAAAUGUUUCCUUAACAGUUUAGUUUAAUCUAGUAUGAACACAUCAGUAUUUGUAUUAUCUAGAAAGAGUAAUCCGUUUUUUUUAAUGUAUAGCUUUCCUAAAGCAUAAUUAUUUUAUUUUAAUGACUGUUCUGUUACAUUUACUUUUUAUAUGUGUGAAUAAACUUUAUACUAAGUAAUAUUUAUUGCUCAUUUUAUUUUGAUUGGCAUAUGGCAUUAUACAGGUUAAAUCUGAACAAUUCAUUGCAUGUUUUCCAUGUGAUGUUUAUAGCAUAAUGUUGGUACAUCUAAAACUCAGCAAGCAGGGUUAGCAUCCAAUGGAAUUGCAUUUGUGUGGGUGUUACUGUUUAAUAAA